AUGGCUAUGAACUUUGUUACAUUCAACCAGGACUACAGCUACCUGGCUGUAGCAACGGCCAAGGGGUUUCGCAUCUUCACGACGGAUCCAUUUGCCAAGAGCUAUGAAACCAAGGAAGGAAAUAUUGCUGUGAUUGAGAUGCUAUUUUCAACAUCGUUAGUAGCUCUCAUUCUUUCUCCUCGAAGGUUACAGAUUACGAACACCAAGCGUCAAUGCACAAUAUGUGAAUUAACAUUUCCAACAACGGUCUUAUCUGUCAAGCUGAACCGUAAACGUUUGGUCAUCGUCCUCGAAGACCAGAUCUAUCUUUAUGACAUUCAGACCAUGAAGCUUUUGUCCACAAUCGACACAUCACCAAAUCCACAUGCUAUCUGUGCAUUGGCACCAUCUUCUGAUAAUUGCUACAUGGCAUACCCCUUGCCUCAGAAGGCUCCCGCAACAGUAAAACAACCAGCACAUGCACCCCCAGGGACAACACACGUUUCGCCCACUACAGGAGAUGUUCUCAUCUUCGAUGCCGAGAAGCUCGAAGCCAUCAAUGUGAUCGAAGCUCAUCGGUCUCCCUUGGCCUGCAUCACACUAAACAGCGAUGGAACACUGCUUGCAACAGCCUCAGACAAAGGAACUAUUAUUCGAGUCUUCUCCGUUCCUGAUGGCCACAAGCUCUACCAAUUCCGACGUGGCUCCAUGCCUUCACGAAUCUAUAGCAUGUCAUUUAAUACUACCUCCACACUCCUCUGUGUCUCUUCAUCCACAGAAACCAUUCAUCUUUUCAAGCUCAGCCAACAGGGACCAUCAUCAGAUGGAUCAUCAAGUCAUUCUCAAACCGGUCGUCAUACUAGCUUGGGAGCUAGCUCCUUUGGAAGUGGACAAGAUGAAGAUGAGAACAGCGCUGAUGCCGACCUCGCAUCUCGAAAGCACAAUGGGACUCUGAUGGGUAUGCUUCGACGAACAUCACAAAAUGUUGGAGGAGCUGUUGCUGCUCGCGUGGGUGGUUAUCUUCCCAAGGGUGUCAGUGAGAUGUGGGAACCAGCUCGAGAUUUUGCAUGGAUCAAGCUGCCACGAUCCCAAAGCUCCGUCGGAGCUGGGAGCGCAGGUCCCAUUCGAAGUGUGGUUGCGAUGAGCAAUAAUACGCCCCAGGUGAUGGUUGUCACCAGUGACGGAAACUUCUACGUCUUCAAUAUCGACUUGUCUAAGGGUGGAGAAGGAACCCUUACGAAGCAGUACUCGGUUGUUGAUUCGAAUGAUAGAUUGGGCCCCAUGGACUAUUAA